AGGCUCCUCCGUAGUUUGUGCCAUACCAUGGGCGACUGCCCAUGGCUUUCUCCUCUGUGCUCUUAUCUAUUAUUUUAAUGCAAUGCCGUAUGGUGGGCCGGGGAAAGCAGGAAGAGAAAAGGUGGCAGCAGUGGUGACCAGAAAGCCCCAGCCCCCUCCCAAAAUCUCUCCAUCCGGUGCAGACUAAACCCUCUUCCUUGCCCCGAUCGUCUCUCUUUCUCUCUCAAUGACGCCAUACUUCAAUUAAGAAAAGAAGGCAUCACUCGAGACCGCCUUCCUUUAUCUCUUUUCCCCAUCCCCUUCAAAACCACCUCCCUCGCCCCAUACUCGCAUCUCUCUUUCUCUCUCGGUGAUAGGGGGGGAAGAUGUCGUCCCUGUUUCUGUCCGCUGUCCCGGUUGCUGGCUCGGCCUGCAUCGGCCUGAGAUCUGAUGCCUCCGGCAGGCUUUUCCCGGAGACGGGCUCGGUUCAGUGGCGGGCGAGAACCGUCUCUAAUGGCUCUAGAGUCCACUGCAUGAAGACAUGGAACCCAAUCAACAAUAAGAAGUUUGAGGCACUCUCUUAUCUGCCAUCCCUCUCCGAGGAAUCAGUAGCAAAGGAGGUUGAAUAUAUGCUUUCAAAAGGAUGGAUCCCCGGCUUGGAAUUCGACGAGGUGGGAGAAGUUCAUAGGACCAACAGCCGGAUCCCAGGCUACUACGAUGGAAGGUAUUGGACACUGUGGAAGCUGCCAAUGUUUGGGUGCACUGAUUCUGCUCAAGUCCUCCAAGAGAUUGAUGAGUGCAAAAAGACAUACCCGAAUGCUUACAUUCGGUUGCUGGCCUUCAACAGCAAGCGCCAGUGCCAGUGCAUGUCCUUCGUCAUCCAGAAGCCCUCUGCUACCAGUGCUAAUGCCUGAGCCUUUUUCUGUCUAAGAAUUUAGUUUUUCCGCCGCCGAACGGGAGAAUAACAUGGGGACAUGGACCGUUCUUUUCUUUAAAUCAGCCAUCUCUUAUGUACUCCUCCUCACUUUUGAGCCGAGUUAUGGCAGCUUAAUGAAAAGAUUAAAUAAGUGCUUGAUAUAAUAUAUUGGUUUUAUUGAUCUUUGAAGUAAACAA